UAUAACACGCGCCGAAACCCUAAACCUCUCCACGGGCUCCACGAAAUACAAAAUCUUGGAUCUGCUAACUGUCAACAAUGGAUGCGGAGAGAAACGAUGGCGAAGUUGCGACGAUCGAUCGCGAGACAGAGAAGAAGAUAGAGAAGAGAGUGAAGAGGAUUUUAGCGAAAGCCAAUUUGUACGAGAUAACCGAGUUCAAGAUCCAGAAAGCGGCCUCCGAGAAGCUAGGGCUCGACGUGAGCCAACCGCCUUAUAAGUUUGUUGUCCGCCGCGUGGUCGAGGAGUUCCUCCAACUACUCAAAAACAAUACCCAAACAAAGCGUUAAGGUCACGAACUAGACUCUAGUUUUUCUCUCUUCUUUCAAUUGUGCGAACGAAUUCAAACUGGACUUGUAGAGGAUUGAGAUGCAAUUUCUUCUCCUUUUGAAGAUUAUCGUCUAGUUUCUAGUUUUUGCCCAAUGUACUAAUUUGAAAAAAUUCAAUUUCGUAUUUAUUUUAA